CCCCAUUAGGAAUCGAUUUUUGCCCACUGGCUGCUGCUGAGCCCGGCUCGGAGGGGAGGAUGAAGCGCGGCUCGUGAGUCUUCUCCCUCCGGCGCGUGCAGGCGCCUCCCCGCGCCCUCCUACCAGGGGCGGCUGCCAGCCCGCCUCGAGGAGCUGCCGCAGCGGCAUCGAUCCAGCUCCGCCUGAGCCGGGCGAAGGGGCGGAGCGAUACGCCGGCGACUUAUCGGCUGGGGGAGGGGCUCUCUGACGCCACCACACCAUGCAAGUAGCUGAGGAUGCCUGCACCCAUCUGGAGGAUGAGCUGCUCUUUUGUGAAGACUGUCGCCUGUACUUCCGGGACUCCUGCCCGCAGCACGGACCGCCCACCUUUGUGGCUGACUCUCCAGUCCCAGAAAGGGCUCCCUCGCGGGCACUGUUAUCCCUGCCGGAGGGCCUGCUGGUCAAGGAGCGAUCCCAAGGAGGCUUUGGAGUCUGGAAUGCUCUGCCCGCCCUGCCUCGAGGCUGCAUCUUUGGGCCCUACGAGGGCGAAGUGGUCCGGGAGCACGGUGACUGCACCCGUUAUUCCUGGGCGGUGCGGGACAACGGCUACUACUUCUUUAUUGAUGCCUCCGAUGAGUCCAGAUCCAACUGGAUGAGAUACGUAGCAUGUGCCUCCACUGAGGACGAACAGAAUCUGACAGUUUUUCAGCACCGCGGGUACAUCUACUACCGGGUCUGCCAGACCAUACCUGCCGAUACAGAGUUGCUGGUGUGGAUUGGAGAGGAGUAUGCCCGCACGCUGGGAUUGCGCUUGGGUGAGCACUUCAAAUACGAAUUUGGCGAGAAGGAGCUGCUGAUGAAACUCUUCCAGGAGCUUCACCUCAAGACCCCGCCCUCACCACCAGCUUCCCACACCCCCUCCUCCCGUACGCAGUACCUGUGCGGCGAAGCUGCGGCCUCUUCCCUCCUACCCCUCCACAAACCGGGCCUUCCCUCGGGAGGAAGUGCUUUCCCUCUGCUAGAAGGGACCCAAAACCUCGUGGGGUUGGGUCGGGCUCAGAGCCGCUACUGGACUUUUUUUGGGUUCCAGGGCGACGCCUACGGGCGCAUCCUGGACAAGAGCAAAAUCAUCUGCAAGCUGUGUGGGGUCCGGCUGAGCUACAGCGGCAACACCACCAACCUACGCCAGCACCUCAUCUACAAGCACCGGUGCGAGUACAACCAGCUGGUCGGGACGCAAAGCGCCACCCUCGAGAAAGGGGGGGCGGGGCCGACCGAGUUCGGAGCCGCCCGGCCCCCUGCCCCUGGCAGGACCACCCGGGCAGUGGCGGACUUUAUCGUCCUGGACUUGAUGCCGGUGGAGGUGGUGGAAGGAGAAGGCUUUGGGCAGAUGUUGGGCGUCUUGGACCCCAGCUACAAGCCACCGGAUGCCGCCUCCCUGGCGCACACGGUGCUCAAGGACAUGUACACCCAAGUGAAGAGGAAGAUCUGGGAGCUGGUGCGGAUCCUGCCCCAGUGCUCCCUCAGCAUCGACGUGUGGCGGCACAGCAGCACCCUCACCUACCUCACUCUGACUGUGCACUACGUGGACGACUGCUUCGAAGCCCGGGCUCGAGUCCUCUCCAGCCGCCCCGUCCCAGAGGAGCCCAGCGCCGAGAGUCUCGUGGAGGCUCUCGCCGAGGCGGCCAAGGAAUGGGGGGUGCAUGAGAGCACCUCGUAUACCGUCGGGCGCCUCAGCCCCACCACCCAACAAGCCACCGCGGCGCUGGGCUGGACGGCCUUGCCUUGUGUCGGGGAGGCCCUGCGGGCGGCCAUGGAGGCCGUGCUGGGCCAGCCGGCUGCGCAGAGCGCGUUGGAACGGCUCCGCCGUUUGGCCUCCUGGGCUUUGACAGGGGCGGGCCGUGGGGAGAAACUGUGGACCCAGGAGCCCCUCCUGCAGGUCCACCUCAGCCGAUUCCUGAGGGAGGGGGGCAAGUGGCACAGUGUCUACAUGGUCCUCCAGGGCCUGUUGGAUCACAGCGAGCCCCUGGCAGGGUUUGGUCCAGACGGAGAGGUGACGCUGCGUCCCCAGGACUGGGCCGCCCUCCAGGAUACGGUGAAAGUCCUCAAGCCCAUGGCGAUUGCUACCUCGACCUUUACCAAAGACCCCUUUUCCAGCCUCUCCUUGGUCAAGCCCGUGCUGACCAGCCUCUUGUACAAGCACUUGGUGCCCAGCGAGUGGGACUCCGCCCUGGCCCGCGAUGCCAAAGCCGCGGCUCAGAAGGAGCUGAGCCAGCACUUCUCCGAUCCGGAUGUCAACCAAGCCCUGAACUUGGCCUGCGCGCUGGACCCCCGCUUCCGGGGCUUGGAUUUCCUGAGCCACUCGGACCGCGUGGAGACCUUGCAUUUGCUCAAGAUGGAAGCGUCGCGCCUGGCCAGCACCCCUGCCUUUUUGACUGCCGGUCUGCCCGACGUCGCCGCGCCCCCUGCCAAGCAACCGAAGCAAGAUGCUGGCAUCGAGUUCCUCCUGGGAGACCUGUGCAGCGUCCGCAGCGCCUCGGGCGCCGGCUCCGCCCACCAGCAGGCCGAGCAGGAAACGGCCAGCUUCCAAACCAGCAAGGCGUCUGCCCUUGGCCAAGAACCCCUCCAGUGGUGGAAAACACACCACACCCAGUACCCUCUGCUGGCCCGAACAGCCCGCAAGCUGCUCGGCGUGCCUGCCACUUCAGUGCCUGCUGCCUGGCUGUUCAGCAGUGCCGGCGACGCCAUCCAAACCAAGCGUCAAGCCCUGACGCCCGAGCACGUCGACAUGUUGGUGUUUCUCCACGGCAACCGAGCCAUGCUCUAUUAGAACAGGGGGGAGGCGUCAUCUUCCUUUCCAAAGAGUUUUAGAUUUGUUUUUUCCCCUUAAGGGAUUGGGGAAAAGGUACACCUCGUGCUUCCCUUUCUCCCUGCUUCCUUGGCUGGGCUGGAAGAAAUAGCUGAUCACUACCACCCCCUGGAGAGGCAUGGUGUGUGUUUUGGAGAGGAAUAGGGAAGGGAAGAAAUUAUUUUCUGGGGCAGGGGUGUAUGUUUUCAAGAAUGGUUUGGAUUGAAAGUUAUAGUGGCUGUAACUGAAAGAAAAGAAAUAGCUCUAGUGGAGAAAGAGAGCUAGGAGCAGGAAUGGUGUGGUGUGGUGGUUAAGAGCAGGUGGACUCUAAUCUGAAAGGUUUGAGCGGCUGACUCUUAUCUGGUGAACUGGAUGUGUUUCCCCGCUCCUGUACGUGAAGCCUGCUGGGUGGCCUUGGGCC